UUCGUCGGUAUUGGCAAAAUUUUACACAUUUCAUUGUCGUCCGGGAGCCUUGUCAAUCAUGUCUGCCGCGGUGACGACAGAGGUUCCCGGCGUGAACUCCGCCAUAGAACACAUGAUGGACCUGAAGGGGAGGAUGAGGGGGGAGAAGUUCGGGUUCGAGGAGCCUGACGUCGGACACUUGGACGUCGUGGCUGCGGCGCUGAAGGAGCUGGACGGAGAGCGUCUUAAGGUUCACGAUGUUCUGGAAGUCGAGACCAUCAAAGCCAGUAUCCUCAGGCAUCAACUCAUGUUCCUGCCGGAACAGAUCCAGGCGGAAAUCUCAGCAGCGGUGCAGUCAGCCCGCGACUCUAACGCAGCAGAGAUGAACAGACUAAGAAACCAGCUGGAGAGCCUCACGAGGUCUAUCGAGGAGCUCGAGAAGAAGUCUCAACUCCUGAAGAAGGAAAAUGAGACGCUGCUUCCUGAACGAGACAUUGUCAGGAACCAACAUGACGAGAUCAUCUCCCAGCUAAAUCAGCGCAUGGCCGACAAGGCCGGGAAGCAGAUCACGCUCAACGAAACACGAGAGAAGCUUCGCGAGACCAACCAGGAAAUCCUGGACGUGGAGCAGGCCAUCGUCGACCUCAAAGAAGACAUGAUAGAAGAGCGAGCCAACGCAAGACUCGAGAAGAAGCGUCUCAAAGACAACAUCGCCGACACGCAAGUGAAGAUCAAGGAUCAGAAGGAGGCCAACGAGGGCCUGAAGAAACAGAUCAGCACCCUGAUGGAGGAACUCCUGGAGUCGGACACGAAGAACAGCGAGCAGAAGAAGACCAUCCGGCGGUCGGAGAACAUGGUGGAGCGGCUGGUGAGCCAGGUGCAGCACCUGGAGGAGCAGCUGGAGAAGGAACAGCUGGAGAAUGUGCAGCUGGAUAAGGAAGGGGACAGGCUGAAGGAGGAGUUCCAAAACGUCAAGAAGGACUUAACAGGUAAGAAAGCCGAACUGCUGAAGAGGUUACAGGAGUUAGAGGAUGAGACUCAGGAGGCUCUGGAGGAAAACCAGCAGGUGGAGUCGCGCAGGUCUCACCUGAAGGCGGAGACUAAGAAGGCUGUGGAGGAGAUGGAGUACAGUGCAGCUAAACUGGAGGAGCUGCGGGAGAUCUCUCGUCAGGGGAAGGCGGAGCUGACACGCCUCGCUGAGGAGAGCGCCAGACUGAGGAUGGAGAACCAGGAGUUGGAGCAGGGCAUCGAACAGCUGCAGGAGAACCACAAGGCAGCUGUACAGAUGCUGAACAAGCAGGUGGAGGAGUCCAGAGAACAGCUGACCAGGGAGCGCAACGAUAGGUUCGAACUCCAGUCCAAGAAAUCCGACACACACAAGGACCUGGAGGAAUUCAGGGCAAGCAGUUCAAGGUUUAUGGGGGAGAUGAAUCGGAGAAUGGAGGAGGGGAAGAACAAACACAUCCAGCUAACAGAGGAGGGUAAAAGGCUACAGAAGGAGACUAUAGAGGACCAACAGGCCAUCAAGAAACUCAAGUCCAACAUCAAGGCUGCUGAGAAGAGCUACAAGGAAAUGGAGAAAUCUUCCAAAGGAGAGAUCGAAGGUUUGGAGCAGAGCGUUAGCAAACUUGAGAAGGGCAUAGAAGACAUUGGGAAGGAGCUAGAGGAGAAGACGCCCAUGUGCGACACUUUUGAGGCAGAAUUUAAGGAGAUCAGUAAAGAGUACGAAGAGAGGAAGAAGUACGUGGUCCAGAGUAAGAACAAGAAGAGCGGACUGGAGGAUGCGGUGAACAGGGCAAAGAGGCAGAUCGAAAAGAUGUCUCACCCGAGGGGGAAGCUACAGGACGAUCUGAAAAGCGGCCGGGCCUCCGCGUUACAACAGCUGCGAGACCACGCAGCCGAGGUCAGGAGCGUGGAACAGGACAUCUACGAAUCGGGACGGAAGCUCGAGCAGGUGGUCGACGAGAACAAGCGGUUCAAGGCAGCGAACAAAAAUUUGCAGAACGAGAUCGUGGGACUGAAGGAGGAUAUCGAAAGGAAUAAAAGCCAAAGGGACAGACUAGAGGAGAUCUCAGCUCUACUGAAGGGACAGGUAGUGGAGGGCUGGGUUAGUGACAUUGCAGCACAGAAGGAAAGUGCUGAGAGAGACAGCCAGAUAUUAGAAGACAUCUCCUCCUUACAGGAGAAGAGUAAAGAGAGAGAGCAGAAGCUGACCGAUAUUACGUCCAAGCUAGAAGGCGAGCUAGGGUUGCUGGUCAGUUUUCUGGACAAUGUGGCCAGCAGGCGACCGGUGGACACGCGACAGAGCAUGAGACCGGACGACGGCGCGCCUGUGGACUCGCAGCCUGUCGUUCUUACGAGGACUGGGAGGCGACAGGUGAAACGGCCGUCUCUAGCACCAUCCAAUCCUACGGCACCACUGUCCAACUGGAAACCUUAAACCCAGUCUGCUGGUCGUCUACUGCCAUAUUGUCCAGAAAAUACCCUUGUAGCGUAGCAAGCUUUCCUGCUUCUGUAUUCCACUGCUUCUGCAUUCCACUUCAGUAUCAUUUCCACUACUAAAUGAUCUGGUCUUUACAUUUUUUCCCUUCUUAAAUGGCUUGCAAAGUAUAAUCUUUGCUCAUACUUGUAUUAUACCACUUCUGGUGUAAACUGUAACAUGCUAUUCACAAUUCCAAACUUCCAUAUUACUGCUUUACAGGUAACAUGUCAUGCUUGCUUACAUUUUCAAACUGUAUUUGGAGACUGUCAUCUGGAUUCUUUUCUGUACCACUCAAAACUUGCACACAAUAGAAGAAUCUGACCACAAUGUCUUUGCCUUCCUAAUAAGAAAACUUUAUUAACAUGUUGUUAUAAAAAUAUCAAAAGUUGUACGGAUUCAUAAAAAUGUUUUUUUUUCCUGUAUACGAUGGAUACAGAUUGUAACAUUGAUAAUGUUGUUCAACCGUGUAAUAAAUUCAUCCAUGAUCCAUACUGUUGCAUAGGUAAAAACUGCUCCUUAUUGUCUCUUUGAACACUCAACUAUGAACAUUGAUAGUAAAACACACAACCAAAAAACAAAUAUUUCCAAUUCCUACAUUCUAAUAUCCAAGUCGCUCUACAUGUAUUCACACAAAUUACUACUAAAAACAAACAUCUCCAAUUUCUACAUUCUAAUAUCUGAGUUGCAUAUUUACACAAAUUACUCCUCAAAAUCACUGAGGUAUUUUCCAUGUUGGCAUUCAUUUUUGUCACAGAAUUGCAUCAUUUUGUCCUGUGGCCUGUCAUAUUUUCUUAAUCUUAGAAACAAAUCAGUACAGCUGCCUACAAAGUACAUAAGGCCACAUACACCAUUCUAAUUUUUUGGUUGUCGGACAUUUGUGUGUGUAACUUUAAAGCAAGAGGGUAGUGUGAAAACUGGAAU